GCUCGCUUGGAAAGGCGGAGGCGCGCACUCUCCUCCCGGCUCAGCCCUCAAGAUGGCCGGGAUCCCUCUAUACUUUGUGGAUCUUCAGGACGAUCUGGAUGACUUCGGGUUUGAAGAUUAUGGACCGGACUGCGAAAGCAUGAGGAUAACCGCCUUCCUGGACAUCCCUGGACAGGACAAUCUUACGCCGUUGGCACGACUGGAAAAAUAUGCGUUUAGCGAUAAUAUAUUUAACAGGCAGAUUAUUGCCAGGGGGCUCCUGGACGUCCUCAGAGACUUCAGCAGCAACGAGGAAGAUUUUCUGACCGUGAUGGAGAUAGUCGUGCGUCUGUCGGAGGAUACAGAGCCGACCGUUAGGACUGAGUUGAUAGAACAGGUCCCCCAAAUAGCCAUCUUCCUGCAGGAGAGCCGCCCGCACUUCCCGAGAGCGUCUUCCGAAUACCUCAUGCCGAUUCUUGUGCGCUACCUCACCGACCCCAAUAAUCAGGUUCGGAAGGUAAGCCAGGAGGCGUUAUUAAUACUGCUGGAGCAGGACCUGAUUGACCAGAGCGAUCUAGAAAACAGGGUUUGCCCCAUUCUGCUCGACCUCUCUUCUCCGGAAAAUGACGACGAGUACAAAGUGGAAGCUGUCAACAUUAUCUGUAAAAUGAUUUCCAUGCUCGGGAAGCAGACCGUCGAACAGAUGUUGCUGCCGCGAUUCUGCGACCUGUGUAGCGAUGCCAAGCUGUUUCAAGUUCGAAAGGUCUGCGCGGCAAACUUUGGAGACGUUUGCAAUGCGGUCGGGCAGGAGGCUACGGAGAAAUUCUUGAUUCCCAAAUUCCUGGAGCUGUGCUCCGACAGCGCGUGGGGAAUGCGCAAGGUGUGCGCCGAGUGCUUCAUGUCCGUAUCUUACACGACAUCCAGCGAGGUCAGACGCACAAAGCUGUCCCCUCUCUUCAUAAACCUGAUCAGCGACCCUUGCCGAUGGGUCCGACAGACGGCUUUUCAAUCGCUGGGUCCGUUCAUCUCAACCUUUGCAAACCCGUCCAGUGCCGGGCUGUAUGUGAAAGAGGACGGGACCCUUAGUAUCAGACCCCCUUUGGAUGAUGCUACACAACUUUCUUCCAGCCCCGAUAACCAUAAAGACGCAACAACGCAGAGCGUUGCAAAUCUCUUACAUCCAAGCGGUGAUGAGAAGCCAGAGACGAGUCUGCCCAGGAGCGUCGGUGACACUCAAGAUAGUCUGUCUCGGGAUAUCUUCUCGGUGGGAGCGACUGUGACCCCGGGCAAGAAACUGCACGUGAACGGCGAGCCCCGGCCAGCAGACGUGUUUAACUCUUUCCUGUACUGGAGAAGUCCUUUGCCUGAUAUCAGCGAGGAGCUGGAGCUUCUUCCUCUAGAGGGAUCUCAUGCAGACAGGGAGCGGGACUCAAACUCCAGCACAGUGUGCAGCACGUGCAUGGCCAGCAGUGAUAUAGAAAUGGUGAUCCAGAGCUUGCAGGGGCACCUGGAUGACCCAGAUGUUCAAGCUCAGGUCCAGGUCCUGUCUGCUGCGCUCAGAGCUGCUGAGUUGGACUCCAUAUCGCCGGAUGAAACGGAGAACGAACAGGAAAGCGGACCGCCCCAGCUGCAGCAUAACCCCUGUCCAGAGUGCCCUAACUAUACAGAUGCGUCAGAAUCAGAUGCCCCUUGUCAAAACACAGACAUGGUUUGUGGACGUGACCUUCCCUCCGAAACUCAUGAAGACGAGCAGAGCGGUAACAGGUCCGCGGGUGAUGAAAAGUCAAAAGUACAGGACGUGGUCCCGCAGCCCUUGUUGGACCAGUACUUGUCGAUGACCGACCCCGUGCGUGCGCAGACUGUAGAUACAGAAAUAACAAAGCACUGCGCGUACAGUCUUCCUGGAGUGGCGUUAACGCUCGGCAGGCAGAACUGGCACUGUCUGAAGGACACGUAUGAAACCCUAGCGGCCGACGUUCAGUGGAAGGUGCGGCGGACGUUGGCAUUCUCCAUCCACGAACUGGCUGUCAUCCUCGGCGAUAAGCUGACGGCGGCAGAUCUUGUUCCCAUUUUCAACGGCUUCCUGAAGGAUCUAGAUGAAGUGCGCAUCGGCGUCCUGAAACACCUAUACGACUUUCUCAAGCUGCUUCAUGCCGACACGAGGCGGGAAUAUCUCUAUCAGCUGCAGGAGUUCUUAACUACGGAUAACAUCAGAAAUUGGAGAUUCCGUUACGAGCUGGCCGAGCAGCUCAUUCUGAUCCUAGAGCUGUAUAACCCCAAAGAUGUCUACGACUACUUGCGGAUACUGGCACUCACCCUCUGCUCAGAUAAAGUAUCCGAGGUCCGAUGGAUCUCUUUCAAGCUGAUUGUGGCGAUAUUACAGAAGCUCUAUGCAAACGGCGAGACUCAGCUGGGCGUUAAUUUCAUCAACGAGCUGAUCGUCCGGUUCCGGCACUCCUCCAAGUGGGUCGGACGCCAGGCCUUCGCUUUCAUCUGCCAGGCCGUGGUGCAGGCGGAGUGUAUCCCUGCCGAUCAGUUUGCCUCUCACAUGCUGCCCUCUCUGCUGAGCCUGGCCUCGGACCCUGUGCCCAACGUGAGAGUUUUACUUGCGAAGGCUCUAAAGCAGACCCUGCUGGAGAAAGCCUACUUCACCAGCCUUGGCAACCCGCAUCUCGAAUCCGUGGAAAAGGCCGUGCUGGCCAUGCAACUGGACGCGGAUCAAGACGUUCGCUUCUUCUCCGCCAACGAGCCGAAGCGGCAAACGACACCGGUGGAGCAAUCUGUCGACUGACUCCCAGCCGGGGAUAUGCCGAUUUAAUCGUUUCUAAUCUGAACGGAGCAUCCAAAACUUUUUUCCAGGUGUACGAGACCUUCUCCUCUGACAACCACCUAUUUUAAUGGCAUGGAAUGCACUGUAAGGCAAAUUUUUUUUUAAAUACGUAUUUAUAACCUCUUAACGUCAAAACUGAAAAAAAGCCACAUGCACAAAAAUAACGCGUGCAUCUUUCACACUUGUUUCACUGUAACGUUCCAUUCUCGAGUAUCAAUUAGCAACUCAAACGAGGCACAAAGGGCUUUCACCAUGAAACAAAGGAUCCAAUGCUCACUUUUUGUGUAUAUACAUGUAUAAGAAGAAAAAAAAAAGAAACAGACUGUAAAGUAUAUACUGCUGUAAUGUUUUUUGAAUAUAUUUUAUAUAUUUUUUUAACAAAACCUGUGGCUGAUAAAUUGAUUUAAAAAAAAAAAAAAUGAUUUUAUUAAAUUCUUUACAAUUGGCCGACGACCUUCAAAA